UACAGCUAUUAAUAGUGCGAAAUUAAUUUAGGCAUUUAAAAUAUAUUUUCAACUAGAUGAUAUAUUAGUUUGUGUAUAUGUUAUUUUAAAAAAAUAUGAAUAAUUUUAAGACAUUUAUUUUAAUAAAUUUCAUUUUAAAUGUUUUCGCAACUAAUCCAAAUGUGAUAAUAAUCGGUACCGGUCCGGCUGGAAUCGCGGCUGGCACAAAAUUAUAUGAAAAUGGAAUUAAAAAUAUUAUUUGGUUAGAAGCCGAAAAUCGUAUUGGUGGCCGGAUUAAUACACAGAAAUUCGGUGCAAAUGUUAUUGAAUAUGGUGCGCAAUGGGUUCAUGGCGAAAAGGAUAAUGUUAUAUAUGAAAUGGCAUAUCCAUUAGGAUUAUUGGAGCAUUCAAAUCAUAGUUAUGAUGAGCCAGAAAAAUUCCCAGAUUUUUAUACAUCAUUUGGUACAAUGUUACCAAAAACGGAAACGCAUAGAGUAAAUGAAAUUCUUCAAGGAAUUGUUGAAGAUGAUGAAAUGGCUCGAUUUAAUGGUUCAAUGGGAGGCUUUAUUCAAUCAAAAUUUGCGGAUAAAUUAAACAAUGAAUUAAAGGAAAUUAAUCGAAAUCUUUCCAUGUACGUGUUAGACUGGACACAUAAAGGUAAUUCUAUAUUAGAAGCAUCAGAUUCUUUGUACGAUGUAUCAGCAAACCUUUCAGCAUUAUACUGGGAUUGCGAAGGAGAUAAUUUAAAUUGGAAGGGUCGAGGAUACAAAACUAUUUUAGAUCUGCUGAUGAAAAAACUACCAGAUCCAAAAAAAGCAUUACCAAUAGGACGCAAAAUGCUUUUAAAUAAAGAAGUUAUUAAUAUUAUUUGGAAUUCAAAUCAAAAUGGAGUAACGGUGAAAUGUGCUGAUGGAUCAGAAUACAAAGCAGAACGUGUAAUUGUAACGGUAUCGUUAGGAGUUCUUAAAGAUCGAAUUGAUUCAUUAUUUCAACCAGAAUUACCUCCAAAUAAAUUGAAUGCAAUCCGAGGUUUUAAUAUGGGUACAGUUAAUAAAUUAAUAUUUGAAUUUUCGGAACCAUGGUGGCCAAAAAAUCAUCCUGGUUUUGUAUUUGCAUGGCAAAAACAUGAAAUUAACGAGCAACUUAAAAAAUUUAAUGGUUCUUUGGAUCGUAAUAAAUGGUUAUCAGAUGUAACGGGAUUACAUCCUGUGGAACAUCAACCAAAUUUAUUAUUUGGAUGGGUUGUAGGUGAAUCGUCUCGGAAAAUGGAAACUCUACCAGAAGAGGAAGUUUUAUCAAAAUUAAUGCAAUUGAUACGAAUGUUUUUGGGUCAUAAAUACACGAUACCUGAACCAGUUCACUUUGUAAGAACAAAAUGGUUUACAAAUCGAAAUUUUCGUGGGUCAUACACUUAUAAUAGUGUAACAGCCUAUAAAUUAAAUGCUUCAAGACUUGAUUUACAAGAACCGUUAAAAAAUUCAGCUGGCCAAGAUGUUGUACUAUUUGCUGGUGAAGCUACAAAUCAACAUCGUUAUUCUACAGUUCAUGGUGCUAUUGAAACUGGAUGGCGAGAAGCUAGUCGACUUUUAAAACAGCAAAGAGCAAAUAAUGCUCCAAAGUUACUAUGUUACCAAAAUUACAGGACCAUUGUCGGGAUAAUCUUUUUAAAUAUUGUUUAUACUAUUUUGUACUAAGGUUACAUUAAUAUUACGAAAAUUAUUACCAAUAUUACAUGCAUAGGCGUAUCGAGGAGAGGGCAAAUGCAACCCUCUGGGUCUACGGCGUAGACUCUACGCUAACAACUCAUUUAGCUGGUUAAACAUGUACCUGUAUACACCUAAGAAAUUUCAAAUGAAUCUUUUGUCCGAGGGAAAUUUUAUACUGCCAGAAGUGCAUACCAGAAGUAUUUUUUCCCUAAAAUGCACA